UAUGGAACAGUGGUUUUCCGUGAGUAAUUAAAUAUAUUGGACGUUAUUAACAUCAUGAAACAGAGUGCGACUUAUAUUCAAUAAAUUAUUUAUACGAAAACUUUGGAUCAGUUAUAAAACAGUAGCAAAUACGUAAAGAUCUUUGAAAACUGUUUCAGUGUCUAUGGAGGUAAUACUGUUUGCCAUGAUUGCACUUCUAAGUGCAGAAGUUGUUCAUACCUACCAUGAACCAGAAUGGGUGACAGCGCCAGUAGAAGGCUUGUACAGUGAUUUGAUCGAAUACACCCUGUAUUUAGACGAAGUUACAUGGAAUGAUGCUGCAACCAUCUGUGCUAUGAACGAUGCCCAUCUCUUGUCAAUCACUUCACACGAAAAAUAUGAAUUAAUAGAAGAAUUGAAACUUGACCAAUGGGGAGAGUUAGUGGAUAAAGAUUUCUGGUCAGGAUUAUCACAACCAAAUGAAGGGUUGUUUAUCUGGGAGGACUGUACAGAAAUGAAUUUUGAUAUGCGAAAAGUUGAAAGUUACAAGAGUGAUGAACUGUGUUAUCGUGUAAAGAAAGACCCUGUACAAUGGGAAAGAAGAAAGUGUGAGGAUCAUUAUUACUUUGCGUGUGAAAAGAAAAUACCAGGGGCAUGUGCUUACCCAACCAUUCUUAGUUCCAAUAAGGUAGCAACAUAUGCCAACCAGACUACAAGUGAAUGUGAGAGCAGCUGUGCUGCAAGUUCAUCGUGUUGGUCAGGGAUCUCUACAGACGGAGGACUUUGCAUUUUACUUCAAUCACGAACAGGUUCAGAAUCACUAUCAGAUGUCACCAUGUUCAAAAAAUCAUGCGUGCAAGUUGCGGUUGUACAAAACGGUGACGUCCCAACGCUACAAAAUGAAAACAAAGAUGUUCAGCCUUUGCUCAAUUGUUCGGCUGUACAACAAACAGGAGUGACUGUACCAGUUGUAACAGAGGUUUCAGAAUUUAGCACAGUGACGGACAUUUCUCCAACACCAUGUUAUGUGUAUGAAACAUUAAAUGUUACGAACAUAUACAACACAACACAAGUUAUUACUGUUGAUGAAACCGAAACAGUGCAAGUUACAGCAUCAGUUGAUUUGUUGAACGUAAUAAACGUAACCGAAACUUUUAAUGUAACUGAAACUGUAAUCGAAACUGUGAUAGUAUCAAGUAUUUCAGUAAUACCUUUUACCUUACCAGUGACUGAUAUUUUAGGUAAUUUACUUACGGUUACUUCUACCAUUAAUGUCACUGCAACAUACAACGUGACAAACGUGUUUAACGUAACCGAUACAUAUAAUUUCACGUCAACUAUAUAUCAUUCGCAAUGCGCGGAUUCCUGUAGAAACGGUACUAAUUCUUAUCUGUCCCCAAAUGACCCAUUGUUACUGGACGCCAUUGCAAGUAUGUCGAAGGAACUAACAGUGGACAAAAAGACAACAAACUCGGCCAUAAGAAAAUUGACAAGUGCGUCAGACAGUCGGCCGUCGUCCCGUGCUAUUGGAAUCUCAGGAUUAAUACUACUCAUCAUACCUUUAUCGCUUAUUGUAAUCUGUGAUUUACCUGCUGUUUUGCGUAACACUAAACGCAUGAUUGAUCGAAGUCGUAGGCAUUGCGCUUAUCAACCUUAGUAUAACUUAAAUAUU